AGUUCUUUUCAAUUUUGACGGGAGCUCGUGCUCCACGUUUGUUUAUAUUUUUAUUCCAUAAACGAGAUGGCGAAGUCUCUCCGCAGCAGGUGGAAGCGAAAAUGUCGCGCCAUCAAACGUGAGCGCUAUGCUGUAAAAGAACUAAGCAGGCUAAAGAAGAUGCUCGGAAUAAAAGAAGAAGAAAAGGUCAAAGAAAGUGAGGUUAUGGAAUCCGACCAAGUUAUUUUCUUGGAUGCUGGCGAAGUGAAAAACAAAAAGAAUAAGAAGAAAGCUAAAGCUGCCGAGCCAGAACCAGAUCCCGAAGAUGUUGAGAUGAGUUCCGAUGACGAGAAAAUAGAAGUAGAAGGCGAGGAUGGCAAGAAACGUGUCUUCAACAGUAAAACGCUCAAAGAUCAAAACGGACAGUACCCAGUAUGGCUGCAUAAGAGGAAAAUCGCGAAACUUAACAAGAUCGGGAAGAAAAACGUGAAGAAACGAGCUAAGAAGCGUAGACGCUAGUGUAGUGAAUAUUGGUAUUGCAUUAAAGUUAAGUUCUCAA